AUGCAAAACCACCAUGCUUAUCCAGCGGAAGAUCGUCAUCGUUUGCGUGAAAUAUUACAGUUGUGGAGGUUGGAGAUUUUACAUGACCGGUUAAUUGAUCAAUUCAUCACAAUCACGGUGUUGAAACUCUUACGCAAAGAUGAUGUUAAUCAAUUGAUAUCGAAUAAGUUUCCUAUCGGUGUAAAAGUUAUGUUUACUUAUAAACUUCAAGAAUGGCAAAAACGUAAUCCAUUGACUGCUGCAGAAUAUAGUCGCUUGAAUAAACAGUAUAAUGUAUAA